CCACUCGCUCCACCGUUCUCGACACGUUCCAUAACAUCUAUUUGAUAUCCGUUAGUAGUAUAUAAGAGCUACGUACCGCUGUAGUAGCUCGGGUUUUUCGCAACAAACCAGCCUUUACACCUAUCACACAUCGCGUGAAACUCCUUCGUGAGAGUACGUGACUUUCGCCACCCUCUCACUAUCGUUGUGCUAAAAGGAACCGUGAACACUGGUAACUGGGUUCAAAGCGCCCGAUCAUAGUCACAGCCACUUGAGCGAGUUGUAUUAUACCACAUCAUCUCCUUAUGACAUCGUACACCACUGGCUGAAACUUCCAUGACCCAAACAACUUUUCUUCAAUAUGAGGCUCCUUGGCCUGUGCACAGUUUAGAUUGGUGCAAGUCGGCCGCGCCAGGACAGCAACUUUGGCCGCGCUCUGCCUACCGUAUUGGCAUCGCCUCAUUCACCGAAAAUUACAACAACCGCAUCGCAGUCAUCGGUCUACAAGACGAGCGAGUCCUUGUCGAAGACGACUACACGGACCAAUACCCCGACUUUGCCACGCUUUGUGAGGCACCCCACGGAUAUCCAGCCACCAGUUUGCAGUGGCAGCCAGCUUCAGCGACGAGUCAUUCAUGGACGCAGAAAUCGCCAACGACGGAGUUACUUGCGACCACGGGUGAUGCGCUUAGGGUGUGGGAGUAUGCAAGCGAUGCCUCUUCACAAAUGUCGAGUUAUGUCGGCCGCCAGUCAGCCGCCAUGUCGCAUAGUCUUACGUUGAAGACUGCAUUGUCGGGGCAAUCCAAAGUCCAGAAUCAGUCAACUGGUGCUCCUUUGACCAAUUUCUCAUGGAACGAGAAAGUUCCCAGUCUUAUUGUGACUUCUUCCAUCGAUACAACGUGCACAGUCUGGAACAUAGAUACCGCAGCAGCCAUAACACAGCUUAUUGCCCAUGAUCGCGAAGUUUACGACGUUGCAUGGUUGCCAGGCUCGACCGAUAUCUUUGUAUCUGUCGGAGCAGAUGGCAGUCUUCGCGCUUUUGAUUUGAGGAGCUUAGAGCACUCCACAAUCCUGUACGAAACACCAGUUCCAAAGAAUGUUCCAGUCCCCUCUGUGUCGCCUUCCUCUUCUGCCCGUCCACCGACUUCCCCUUUGCUGAGAAUCGCAUUCAAUCCUUCAGAUUCGAAUUACAUGUCUACAUUCCACAUGGACGGCUCUGAGGUACAGAUAUUAGACAUGCGGAGUCCUGGCCAGCCCGUCAUAGAGUUGAAGGCUCACCAUGCGCCGGUUAACGCGUUAGGAUGGGGGUCCGCCGAGCACCCUCUGCUAGCAACUGCCGCUGACGAUUGCCAGCUACUAUUGUGGGACUUGGCAAGUUACACGCAGACAGGCGCAUCACCCAGAAGCGCCGGAUCGCGUUUGAAUUCUCCGAGACCUGAUCCCGUGAUGGCGUACACGGCCCCAAGUCAGAUAACGAACUUGGCCUGGUCUCCUUUAAUUAAAGGGAUGACGAUGAAUACGGGCCACACUACUGGGACUGGGGAAUGGGUAGCCAUUGCCAGCGGCAAGUCUAUUCGCGCGUUGAAAGUAUGAUACAGCACCGCUUUGAUAGGCAUAUCGACCAAUCCGUGUUAUCUGCGACCCCAUGGACUUAAUUACCGGUUGAAUGCUUGCUAUAUGUGCUUAUCAUGGCUGCGUGGCUUGUGGCGACACCAGGAUCCACUCUUCAAUGUAUCUGGGGACAGGCUAAUAUAUUUCUUGGCCUUCUUGAUUACCU